ACCAUGUCUCUUGAAGCAGCCACAAUGACCAUAACUCUCUUUUUUCAAAUCAUUACAUCUCUUCUCUUAAUCACCACCACUGCCUCUUCAUCACCUCCUGGUGGCUUCACCAUCGACUUAAUCCAACGUCGCUCUAACUCCUCCUCUUCUCGAUACUUAAACACGAACCAGCUCGAAGGAGGAUCUACUUACGCCAACACCGUCUUUGACACCUCCGAGUAUCUUAUGAAACUAAAAAUCGGUACUCCUCCUGUCGAGAUCGAAGCUAUCUUAGACACGGGAAGUGACCUCAUAUGGACACAAUGCUUGCCUUGUCUUAAAUGCUUUUACCAACACGAUCCACUAUUCGACCCUUCAAAAUCCUCAACCUACAAAGAGAAACUAUGUCAAGACAGCCCUGACCAUACUUGUCCUUAUCUAGUUCACUACAACGACGGAAGCUACUCCAAAGGAACCCUAGCGACCGAGACAGUCACGUUACAAUCAACUUCAGGCCAACCCUUUGUGAUGCCUAAUACCACCAUUGGAUGUGCUCACUACAGCUCAGGGUUUAAUUACACAACCGGUUCGGGUAUUGUUGGUCUAGGUUGGGGAGCUACAUCGCUCAUUACUCAGAUGGGAGAUAGCUUCCAAGGUCUUAUCUCUUAUUUCUUUUCCGGUAACGGAACUAGCAAGAUCAACUUUGGAAGCAAUGCUGUAGUGGCAGGAGAUGGGGUUGUAGCAACCACUAUGUUUCUCAAGACGGAGAGACCAGGUCACUAUUACAUAAACCUAGACGCGGUCAGUGUUGGGGAGAAACGCAUUGAGACGUUGGGGACACCGUUUCACGCCUUGGAUGGGAACAUGCUCAUAGACUCUGGAACCACUUACACGUACUUGCCCGGGAGCUACUGCAACUUAGUGCAGGAGGCAGUGGAUAACGUUGUGACAGCGGAACGUGUAGCUCGGACGUGGCCCAAUUUGGUUUGCUACAAAUCUAAGACCAUUGAUAUCUUUCCGGUGAUCACAAUGCAUUUCUCGGGAGGUGCUGAUCUUGUUUUGGAUAAGUACAAUACGUUUAUGUAUAUGGGAGGAGACGUCUUUUGUAUGGGGAUUGUGUGUGCUCCGAUAAUACCAAAUGCUGAAGAUGCUAUUUUUGGUAACAGAGCACAGCACAAUUUCUUGGUUGGUUAUGAUUCUUCUUCUUCGUUGGUUUCUUUUAAGCCCACCGAUUGUCAUGCAUUGUGGAGUAAUGGAGUUAGAGAAACCAAACCAAGAGAGUCUUUAUCUACAUUACUGUUUUUUGUUAGAGUUUUUACUUGGUUUGUUUCUUUAUAUUUGUUCUUUCAUUAA